AGGAAGGCUAGCGGGCCCAGGUCGCCCGCGUAGGAUUUCCGCCAAGAUCAGGGGGCGGGGGCUCCCUUUCAGCAAGGAACCGCCGCGCGGCGGCAGUUCGCUUCGGGCGGCCCAGCCGCUGUGGCCCGAGACAUUCUUUGAGGGGGUGCCGCAUGUGGUCGCCAGGGAUCCAUCAGCGGCGCAAGGUCCCGCGUGGUUUUCGUCUGGGGCUUCGGUGUCAGCGGCAAUGUUCUGGGCAGCAACUCGGUCACGCGCACGGACUCCCGGCGAGCAUCUCGGGCGGGCAUCUCGGUGAUGGCAGCCGGGCUCCCUUGUUCCGAUGUGGACUUGGCUCAGCGGCACGACCGCACGACAGUGACAGAAUUUCUGGCGAAGUGCCUGAAGGAAGCGCGCGAAGAGUGCCCGGCGUGGAAGAGCUCACACCAUUACACCAAGGCCGGCAAAGCGGAGCGGGCGGGGCAGGGAGGGGGGCGCGGGCGUAUCUGCGACGCGUACACUGCGCGCGCCCGUGUCCGUCGCCGGUCCGGAAAGCCAUGGACGCACCCCCUCGAGCGGCGGCCCUGGUGAAAGUGCCAAAUCGGCGCGCCGGGGGUGGGCUUACACGCAUGGAGAGGCCCUCUGUGCGCCCGGUCCGGUGUGGGCCUGUGGAUUGUGUGGCCGCGGCGCGCGUGUGUUUGUUUGCCCGCCGGCCUCCUCUGUUGCAUGCAUGCGCUUGCGCCCUUUCGGGCCGCGGGACCGCCGGGCGCCUGCGUGGCUGGGUGUGUGCGCCGGCGCGAAAAGGGGCACUCAGACGAAACGGAGCCAAGAAAAAAACCGAAGCGCCCCCAGUCCUAUUGCCCGUGGCCGCCUUCCUUGCCAGCCAACCAUAG